GUGCAUUCCUGUAUGUUUCCUUACUGUUCACAGCGUCGCUCGGUGUUUCUGAAGCGGUUGAGUCAUCGUCAGCUCGAGGAAAGCAAUGUUUGAAGUUUGAACAACUAACAAGAGAAUAAAGCGUUUAUGAUUUGGUCUUUGUCGGGUUAUUUAUUGAAUUCUUUAUGAUAGAAAAAUGAACAAGAAAACAUUGGUCAUUUUGAUGCGAGCCAGAAUGAGACCUAAUCAUCACACUAAUUUCGCCCUUCUGCCCAUCUCUAACGAGGUGAAUCAACUGCUACCGAAUUCUCAAGGAAACCGAUCCGGCUCAGACGGACAUGGAAAUGAAAAUCUCAACAAUCAAAGAUCUUUCGAGGCUGUACGACAAUUGAUGCACUCUGUGAUGUUGAUGCAUAAAACUGAAGUUCUAGAUUCUGUACUUAAUGAUUUUUCGGAGGGUUAUUUCAGCCUUUCUUUCGAGAACCGGCGGAAAUUAUUGAUCACACUUGCCAAAGAGUAUGAUCUCAACAGGACACAAGUUCGUGAGCUCAUAAAACAGUAUCUUGGACUUCAACCACCUGGUGAUGAGCUUACUGUUGGGAAUGAAGCUCAAUCAGGAGUAGUUGAAGAUGAAUGCUCUCUUUCGACUUUCUAUCGCAUAGAGAGAAAUAUGAAACAUUCCCUUAAGCCAGUGUAUGAAACUCUAUUCGAGAGAAUUAACACGCACCCUGAAGGGCUGAAGUUUUUGACCAUCCUCCGGACUGAUAUAUUAUCCAUUCUCGUAGAAGGAAAUAUGGCCUCACUGCAAGCAAUGGAUUCCAAUCUGAAGGACAAGCUUAGCACUUGGCUUUCUCCUGCUGCUUUAGAGCUUCAUCAGAUUACGUGGGAUGAUCCUGCUUCUUUGCUGGAGAAAAUUGUAGCUUAUGAGGCAGUGCAUCCAAUCAGUAAUCUUAUUGAUCUUAAGAGAAGACUAGGAGUUGGUCGUCGUUGUUUUGCAUAUUUUCAUUCAGCCAUACCUUGUGAACCUCUUAUUUUUAUUGAAGUAGCACUUUUGAAGAACAUAGCAGAGGCAAUACAGGAAGUUCUGUGGGAUAAUCCUCCAAUUGCUGAAAGUGAAGCAGCAUGCGCAUUAUUUUACUCAAUAUCAUCAACUCAGCCUGGCUUGGCAGGAAUCAACCUAGGAAAGUUUCUUAUUAAACGUGUUAUUACGUUGGUUAAAAGAGAUAUGCCACAUGUUUCUGUGUUUGCUACGCUUAGCCCUAUCCCGGGAUUCAUGCCUUGGCUUCAAUCCAAGUUGGCUUCUCAAUCAAGACUUGCUGAAGCAGAGGACAUAUUAUGCUCAUCGUCUGAUAAAUCUGGAUUACAUUUUUAUGAGAAUGUACUUGAACCAGAAGAAGAAAGGGCACUAAUAGACUCAUUGGGGGAUCUUGCUGCUGGAAAAGGUGGCAUGGAAAUACUGUUGAACGUGCUAACACCGACAACUCAUGAGUGGAUUAAUUCAGAUAAAUUGCUUUCUGCAUUAAAAUGGCCUCUAAUGCGACUAUGUGCGAGGUACCUUCUGCAAGAGAAGAAGAGAGGAAAAGCUCUAGAUUCUGUCGCAAACUUCCAUUUGCAGAAUGGAGCGAUGGUUCAAAGAAUAAACUGGAUGGCCGACAGAUCAGAAAAAGCCUUGAGCCAAAGUGCAGGUAUCAUGGUGAACUAUGUCUAUAGGCCAGAGAAUAUCAAUGAAUAUGCUCAGUUGUAUUUCAUUAAAGGACAUAUCCACACUUCCGAUGACGUGAAACGGUACACUCAGCCAUUAACGGAAAAUGAAUCCAAGAACAACUUAGGAUGACCUGUGACCGAGGGAAGACGAUUUGAGUAUGUUUUACGGCUUACAAACUUGUUUAUACGCUUCUGAUUUCUCGAGAUUCAAAUUAAGGUACUUGAUGUUGCUGCCUGUGUAUUUGCCAUAUAAUGCAAUCUCCGCUUCCAUGGAAAACGCAAAAACGCCACCAGCUGUAAACGUUACUAGGGAAUGGUUGAUCAAAGAAAUCACACAUCCAAGAAACUGUUCUUAACAUUCAAUAAUGCUUCAAUAUAUUUCUUCUUUUUAAUA